UCUUACCCCGCGCCUUUGUGAGUUCCCGCCAAUAGUUUCUCCCAGGUCCUACACUUCGUGCGGAACGAGCCAUGACCAUCGGCGUGGGAUGUCAGUGCGGAUCAAUGACCGACAGAUCGAGAGGGCACAGUGCGUGCCAGGAUUCACGUCAGUGCGUGGAUCGUUCGUGUCGCAUUGUAAAAGCUUCCACGCACUACAUGCUGUUGCAAUGGUAGGAAAUUUUUGACUUGAUCUGGUUUCGGCAAUCGUUUAGGAGUUCGUCGCUAGGGUUUAAGCGCUUUGUCGCAGAGUGAGCUGCUCGGGCGAUCGCGAUGAGUUGUUGAAAUCUCCCCGACGGGUUAGAAGUGAUAAAAGUACUCUCGGUUUGAAAGAAAGGUCUCCAUUCUUUUACGCUGGAGGCUGGCGGCCGUGUUUGAAUCAUUGCAUGCCGUGACUACAUGUGAGUUUGCUCCUCGAAUAUGCUGUGUCUUUCGAGAAUGUUGUGAGGGGAAAGAGACGUCUCAUCCUCAUUUGCGCCUCUGAUGGAAUCGUUGGUCACUUCAAGUAUCUAUCACGUGCUUUAUCGUUACAGUUCUCACUGACAAUUCAGAAUUCACAUCAUCAUGCGUUGGUUUUUUCUGCGGCCCUAAAUUAUUUACCCAAGGAUUAUUCAAUUGAUCGAUGGAUUACAGUGUACAAAGUCAUUCUGGAGCAUACACCCUUUUGAAUAAUUCAUACAGACGAAACGUCCAUUAUUCCAUGAGGUUGCCAGGGAGACGAAUUGCAACAUGUCAUCACUUGGUUUUGGCCAAUCUAUACACAUUUCUGUUGUCUCUAUAGAUUCCAGGGUGUGUUGGUAGCGUUCUUUCAUCAGUUCUUUACGGAAUCCUGUUACAAUCAGAUUAUGGGUAAAAACUCUUGAGGAUGCGAGUUUAUGCGUAUGUGCUUCUACCACAUAAGGAAUGUGUGCAGCAUUGUUUCUGAAAAUGCAUGGACUUUUUUGUUUAUUUCAAGAGGAGAUGGAUGAAGCUGCAUCGGAUACUGCUGCAGUUGCAAGUAGUUCUUGGAUAAUAUUGAACUUGAUCAUCAUAGAUAGAACUUGCGAACAAGACCAUUCAAACAAUUUGUUCUUCUAUCCGGAAUAUUUGUUGAGUGAAGCUCUCGCUGAUGUGUUCCACGACUUAUUUGUCACAGAGCAUAAGUGGCAUAACCCUGCAGAAACUUUGGAGGAAUUCGUUUCUAGCACUCACAUUGUCUCCCUGAGACCUACAUCUGCAAGUUGUAUUGUUCAAAUCCAAUUCAUUCAAUAUUUGAUUUCCCAUAGCAGUGAAUUCGUUACAGUUAAUUUAUGGCAACAGAAUCAAGAGAGACUAGCAUCAACAACUUCUUCGACCAUGUUGGUGGUGUGCACUUGAACACUUCUACAGGUGGUGCAGUUAUUCCCCAAACAGCCGCAACCUGCAUCAUAACUGCUGAACCUGGACAAGUGAGAAGAUUCUGAAGUCUGUGGAAGAAUAAGUUAUGUGAACAUCACAUACUUCUUAGUGGUACCUGACCUAGGGUGUGGGAGCUCUAUCUUCAUGAUUCAUUUCCGCUCACUUUCAUAACGUAUCCCUGAGUGUCGUGACCCUUUUCAAAUUCUGACUUAGAUGACGAAGGUUGCUCAUGAUGCAAUUGAACAGAAAAACACACAUAUGAGAGAUAAUCUUUUUCAAAGCUUGAAACGCGACUCUCCUCUGAAUUUUCCCCGAGCUUCAUGACGUCCUUAAGCUUUUCCUGUUUCACUCCCAUCCCUCUGUGUGGGCGUCCUUCACGCUGUCUAGCGGACUCCCAAUUCGCAUCCUUCACACCUUUCCACUCUCGAAGUACACCCCAUAUAAAUCAUCACACUAUGCAUACUCUCUUUCGCAUAUUCGCUCUCUACAGUGUUUGAGUCCAUGGGUUGAGGUUUGUUCCGAAUGCAAACCUCUUGGACCAUUGCAUUCUGUUUCGCAGGUUACACUCGAGCCAUGCACACUUGAACUUCGAUGAUCGUUAUUCUAGCCCUUCGAUACAAGGUGAAGAAUUUACGUGUUUUGAAUAUCCUUGAUGGAUACGAACCAUUGCACUAUUCCUCUGUAAGAUUAUCGACCAUGAUCUGUGAUAUGAAUCAAAACGUCUCAAUCUGUUACCCCCUGAAUUUGAAGAUUGCCUACAAACUUGCGCUUCCUUGCAGACUCUUCCCGUGGCCGUGCUCGGAAUCGCACAACUAAAAGCAGGGAAUGCCAAGCUUACAGAGCAUUAGCCCUAAUUGUGCAAGUUCAGAUACAUUCCCUGGUCGCUACCCCUCUGCUACUGAUGAUUCAUUACUCCCAGACUGCUGGGUUAGUCAAUACGUGCAUGGAGAGACUAUAGAUACAAGUGAAAGAGGGCGAUGUAAUUGAAGUCAGCGUGCACGGGUCCAACUCUUCGCAGAAGUGUGGAGUUCAGAGAUCCAUGCGCAACAAUUAAAUGCUUGAGGUCCUCGAGAUUGGAUGAAUGUGUUUGCCUGAAGGGAACAGGAUUAGGGUUUUGAGUCAAUGUCGGUAGCUGCUACUCCGCACUUCGGAGCGAACGUAGUGAAGUCUGUUGGUCACGGUUAUUCAUGGCCAUGCUGUGCGUGAGUUUUGUGAUCUGGGUCAUGUUGUCUGAGAGGUUUUUUGGUCGAGGCUCGUGAUGUCUAUACAUGAGAUGUACUUAUGGCUGUUGCGAUGCUGGGCGAAUCCAGCCGGCACCUGCGGAGCUUAAGGCAUUUCUCUUAUGCUGGGUCUAGAAAUUUUGCCGCAUUGGGCCUGGGAGAGUUGCAGGUUGGAGCCGAGAAAGUGAUAAUCCUUGAGAAAGUGCCGCUUUCGAACUUGCCCUGGCCGAAGAAGAGAGGCCAGAUAGUGAAGGCUGAAAGGCUGUGGCGGAAGUUCUUUUCUGAUCCGUCGCAAUGGGCGGAUGUUAGAGCACAAAAGGUCAAAUCAAAGCAGCCAGAUUGGAUACAUAUGAAAACAAAAGAACGCCUCUGGAUGAAGAGUGCGUCCAAUCCAGCUUGGGUGCGGAAGAAGUUAGCAGCAAUAUCUCCAGGCCGUGCAUCACCAGAUGGAAUCAUAAAUGUAGAGAAUGACGAAGUCGUUGCCGGGGAUCAUGUCUUACAGGAGUCGGAAACAAUUAAAACAAUGGAGAUGCAGACCAGGGCUCCACAUGCAGAGCGCUUUGAUGAUGUCUCAACAGGAACUUCUUAUCCUAUGAAAAAGCCGAGAAUACGUACCGUUGUUAGGGGCGAUGACAGUAUCAGGGAGCUUUGCUUAAAUGGUCGACCUAAGCAUGCUCUUCAUGUUUUAGACAAACGAGGAGUCGACCCUGGUUCUUAUGCUUAUGUUUGCCUGCUGAGGAGGUGUACCAACAUUAAAGACCUCGCUGAAGGGAAGUACGUGCAUGCACACAUGGAAAACAGUGGGUUUGUCCCCAGCACCUUUGUACUUAAUGCACUGUUGAACAUGUAUAUGAAGUGCGGUAGUAUUACGGAUGCUCGUCAGGUGUUUGACAACAUGCGAGAACGAGAUAUGUUCACUUGGACCAUGAUGUUGACGGGGUAUGCGAGGUUAGGCCAUCUUGAGGAAGCAUACAGAGUUUACGAGCAGAUGCUUGAGGAGCGUUUGCCACUUGACGGGGUAACAUUCACGACUAUUCUCUCCGUUUGUGCAAGCUUGAGGUCGCUGGAGAAAGGCAAGAAGGUACACUGUGAUAUGAUUAAAGCGGGAAUACACUCAGAUAGAAUACUAGGGAACACCCUGAUCGACAUGUAUGCAAAAUGUGGCAAUAUAAGGCAGGGACACACGAUGUUUACAGAAAUGAAGGACCGUGAUGUCGUGACUUGGAAUAUAAUUAUUGCUGGAGCAGCCCGAAACGGCUACUUCGACGAGGCUUUUGAGCUGUUUGAAGCAAUGCGAGAAGCAGGCUUGAAGCCAGACAAGGUGACUUAUGUGUGUGUUCUUAAUGUGUGUUCAUCACUCGAGCAGGGAAGGAUUCUACAUUCGUACAUCAUUGAAGCAGGUCUCGAGCUUGACUUAUGGGUGGGGACUGCUCUGCUUAACAUGUACUCAAAUUGUCGGAGCCUAGAGGAUGCACUCCAAAUCUUUGAGAAGCUCCCUGAGCGGAAUUUAGUAACCUGGACUUCAGUGAUCGCAGCGUAUGCUCAAGCUGGUAUACCUGAGAAGGCUUGGAUCUUUUAUGAGAAGAUGCUCAAAGAAGGCAUAGUGGCUGACAAGUUUGCAUAUACAACUGUUUUACAUGUCUGUGCUACUAUGGGAGACUUGGAGAAGGGAAAGCAAGUACAUGACCACAUGGUCAAAAGUGGCAUUGCAACAGAUCAGAUUUUGGAUAGUACCCUAAUUGAUAUGUAUGCCAAGUGUGGGAGAACGGACAUUGCGCACCAACUACUUGAAAUUAUGGAUGAGCGAGAUGUGGUCUCGUAUACUGCACUUAUAGUUGGGCAUGUUCGGCAGGGUCGGUUUCAGGAGGCUCUUCAAACUUUUAGUAGCAUGCAACGAGAUGGUGUGCUGCCAAACACGGUGACUUUCGUUGGUGUCCUCAAAGCAUGCACCGGUUUAGGAUCUCUUGUAGAAGGCAGACGAAUUCAUGCCAGCAUUAUUAAAGCUGGAUUGGCUCAAGAUUCCAGCCUCAAAUACGCUCUCGCUGAUAUGUAUGCGAAGUGUUCUAGCUGGACCGAUGCUCAAGAAGUGGGUGCUUAUGCAUGAUGUGAUUUCUGGAAACCUCGAAGCGCUAUGUUCUCCAGUUUGGACUGGUUUCUUUUGGAAAGGGUUAUGUGCUCAAGAUGCAUUCCAUAGUCGGCAUUUGUUUCUCUCUCGGUUCGACUCAGUGACAUGCAACCUGGAUGAUCUCUGAUUAUUGAAUUGAGUGGGAUUGAAUCGUUGACGCGAGGACAGAGCGAAGCAUCUUCGAGUUGGUUUGGAGGUCGAUGCAAAAGCCAAAAACAAUAUAUAUAUAUAUAUAUAUAUAUAUAUAUAUAUAUACUGUUGACUGUUUGAAGCUGCAGCUUUUAUUCACAAUUGUGACCUAUGGCGGCUAUAAAAUUUCAACUCAAGUUGAAUCAGUGAUCAGUUCUUAAGCUUGCUAAUCUGUGUAUUAGCUGCGUUUUAAUACGGGCAAUUGUUGCAGUCAAUGCAGGCUAGCAAACAUGCAUAUCUCUUGCCAAACACAUUGCAAGCAGCCCCAAGCUUACAAUGUUAUCGACUGCUGUUUAAUUGCUUUUGAAGCUGAAAAUACUCUUGCACCAAGAUACAUUUUAUCUAGAUAGGAGCAAGUGUCAUUGCGUUUCUAAUUUGAUUAGUCAAGAAUGAAGGUGAUUUGUAGACUAUCCCAUUUCAGUUGUUUCCUUCGCCUGUAGCUGUAGUUCAAUUUUGUAGAGAAGUGGAAUUUUUUAAAGAAGAUUCACUCAAAUGCCUUCACAUUAAUAUGACAAGGAUUCAAUUUGUAGUUUCCUCUAAAAGUUGCA